CUAAUCCAAAUAGGACUUGGGCCGAGUUAGCUCCCGAGUCACUCACCGAACUCGGAAAAUAAGUGUGCCCUUAUUAUCCAAAAGCGCACGUUAGAAUCAAUCCCUUUGCCUUUCGUUUCUGGGAGCUUCUUUUUUUCUCCCUUAUAUUUAAACCUAUCAUUGCCCGAGUCAUCCUUCAAUACUCCCGAAGAUCGAAGAUUUACGUUUCGUUUUCUCUGUUUCCUUGAAGCAGAUCCAAAACUCUCUUUGGAGGCGCCGGUUUAAGAUUUUCGCUUGAAAAAUCGAGGAUUUCGUCGAUAUUCGAUCCGAUUAAAGGUAUCCUGCAUUUUUUCGGAUAAGUUCAUUCGAGACAAUAAAGAAGCAAUAUUGUUAAUUGGUGCUUGCUUGAGCAAUGAGGGGAUACGACCGAGAAGAAGUUGAAGAUUAUGAUGAUUAUGACAUGGAAGGGGAAUAUCAAGAUGAGGAUGUUGUGGAAGAAUAUGGGGAUGAAUAUGAGGAAGAAGAAGAGGAAGAGGAAGAAGAAACCAGACAGCCUACACAAGAAGAAGUAGAAUACCUAGAGUUAAGGCAGCGGCUGAAAGACUCUAUCAGGCGAAAGAGGAAACAAAGUGCUUUAGCUUCUUCGGAGAAGAAGCUUCCAUACAACAACUUUGGAUCCUUUUUUGGACCUUCUCAACCUGUUAUUGCUCAGAGAGUUAUCCAUGAAAGCAAGUCAUUAUUGGAAAACCAGAAUUUGGUAUCAAAGAUGUUGAGCACCAAUCAGUCUAGUAAAAAGAACCCUGCUUCAAACAGCACUGGACCCAAACAAGCCCAACUUGGCAAAGUACUCAAACCUCCAAGUGAGCUCAGAAGGAAAGUGGAGAAGCUUAAGGUUGCAAGAGAUUACUCGUUUCUCUCAGAUGAUACGGGGUUUCCAGCUCCUGCAAAAGAUCCUCCACCUCGAAAUGUUUCUGCUCCAACAUCUGAGGUGCGAUCAGCUCAAAUGUUGCUGAAAAGCAAACAACCAUUGAGCAGCAACAACAAUAGUGCCAGAAAUUUGCAAGGCAUCCGUGAUGAAAGGAAAUCAGUUCCACUGAAGGGUCAAUUGCAAUCUAAAACUGGUACCUAUAACACUUCUUCUGGCAGUAAACCAAAUGGGAUGUCAAUGGAUUCUAAAAAGCAGCUUGGUGUUACAAAUUGCAUGGGGAAUGGUCGGUCUGGUGGUGUUAGUAGGGGUAUGGGGUCUAGCCGGCCUGUUUGUGCUAGCAAUGGUACCGGAAUUGGACGACCUGUUGGUGUUAGCAGUGGUACUUGGCCUGGUCGACCUGUUGGUGCUAGCAGUGGUACUGGCCCUAAUCGGCAUGCUGGAGCUAGCAAUGGUACCGGGCCUGUACGGCCUGUUGGAGCUAGCAAUGGUACCGGGCCUGGACGGCCUAUUGGUGCUAGCAAUGGUACCGAGUCUGGCCGGCCUGCUGGCUAUAAACCGGUGCCUUCAAAGAUGCCUAUUCCAAAGAUGGAGAAGGUAUCUGCACCAACUUCUAGGAGUCUCCCACCCAGUGCGCACAAAGCACCUCCAUCAAGAGUGCACUCCUCUGAAUCAAGACAGCAGUUGGAACAGAAACGGGGAUUACAAGAACGUAACAAGGAUAAAAUGAUGCCCCAAAGGCCUCUAGUAUCAUCAAAGCCACAGUUAAAGAAGCCAGUGAAGCAAGUCUCAUCUCACACUCAAAUGAAGUCAAAUGUACAAAGACCCAAGAAAAUUGCAUUAAGUGAAGAUGAAAAGGCUCUAAUGAUGAUCAGAAAUAUGUUCCACACUGAUAGAUAUCCAGUUUGUGACGAUGAUGAUGUUAGUGACAUGGAGGCAAACUGGGAUGAGAUAAUGAAGGAGGAAAGAAGAAGUGCUCAAAUAGCAAGGAAAGAGGAUGAAGAACAAUUGAGGCUGAUAGAGGAGGAAGAGCGGCGGGAGCGGAUGGCCAAGAAGCGCAAGCUGAGCCGACACUGAUGGAUGGAUGGAUGGCUCAAAAAUCAUUUUUCAUCCUCCGGUGUUAUAUAUUCCUUAUGUAAUUACAAAUUGAAGAACGGUUUUCUUUUGUCCCAAUUGAAAUUCAACUAGUGUUUUA